AUGGAUGAACAAGUAGAAAGAUUGGUUAAGAAGACAUGGGCCAAAUUUCAGGAAGUGCCCAGGUCCAAAAGACUGAUGAUUGCCGUAUCUGGCAUCCCAGGUUCAGGCAAAACAACUCUCGCAUCUGUUGUCGCAAGUCGAUUAAAUGAUCUUCAUCACGAACAAUUCCCCGGACUGGCGCAGAACGACGAACCCGCUGCCUUUGUCCCAAUGGACGGCUACCACUUGUCGCGAGCCCAGCUAGACGCCAUGCCCGACCCCACUACCGCCCAUGCAAGACGAGGCGCUGCAUUCACCUUCGAUGCGCGUUCGUUCUUGGAGCUGGUCAAGAAGCUCCGAAAGCCCAUCUCGCCAGAAACAAAGACAUUGUACGCACCAUCUUUUGACCACGCUCAGAAGGAUCCCGUCAACGACGAUAUUCCGAUCCACCCAGAAGCUCGUAUUCUGAUCUUCGAGGGGAACUACUUGAGUCUGGGCACGGGUGCACCUGAAUGGAAAGAAGCAGCGGAACUCAUGGAUGAGCUGUGGUUCGUCGAGGUCGAGGAAGACGUAGCAAGGGAGCGAUUGGUGAAGCGUCACAUCGAGGCUGGCAUUGCCAAAGACGAGGAGGAAGCGCGCAAAAGAGCCGACGAGAACGAUCUUGUCAAUGGUCGCGAGAUCGUACAAAACAGACUGAGCGUGCACGAGGUUAUCAAGUCAAAGCACGACGGCAGCUGGAAGCCAGAGAACCAAGGCAUGGACGCUGCCGACGUGAGCAGAGAGGCAUAG